CCUGACGACGACGAUGACGGCGACGACGACGACGACGACCACGAUGUCGCCGAAGUUCCUGUUCCUUCUUGGAUCCUUAUUUCUGUUUGCCGGAACGCAGAUUAAAGCGCAAGACGAUGAAGGAGGCGAUGGAAACGACGCGAAUGCAGAAGAGCUGUGCCAGGACAGGCCGGGGGACGAGUACUUCCGGUUGAGCGUCGAAGGAGAUUGUCGCGAUGUCGUGAGAUGCGACAAAGCAACCGAGAUCGGCGUGACCAGAUUGGCGACCGUCCGAUGCCCAACAGGCCUGGCGUUCGACAUCGAGCGACAAACGUGCGACUGGAAAACAAACGUGAAGAACUGCGAACAACUCGAGAAGCCGCGUAAGGUCUUGCCCAUCCUGAGGACCGACGAACCCGUCUGCCCCGAGGGGAAAUUGUCGUGCGGUAACGGCGAGUGCGUAGACAAGGAGCUCUUCUGCAACGGUAAACCGGACUGCAAGGACGAAUCCGACGAGAAUGCUUGCACCGUGGAAACGGAUCCGAAUCGAGCACCGGACUGCGACCCAACCCAGUGUGUCCUACCUGAUUGCUACUGUUCAGCCGACGGUACCAGGAUACCAGGCAACAUAGAGCCAUCCCAGGUGCCCCAGAUGAUCACCAUCACUUUCAACGGUGCUGUAAACGUGGACAACAUCGACCUUUACGAAGAGAUCUUCAACGGUCAACGUCAGAAUCCCAACAGCUGUCAAAUCAGGGGUACCUUCUUCGUCUCCCACAAGUACACCAACUACUCGGCUGUCCAGGACCUGCACAGAAGAGGACACGAGAUAGCUGUGUUCUCACUGACCCACAAAGACGAUCCUCAAUACUGGACCCAAGGUACCUACGACGAUUGGUUGGCAGAGAUGGCUGGUGCUAGAUUGAUCAUCGAACGUUUCGCCAACAUCACCGACGGUUCCAUCAUCGGAAUGAGAGCUCCUUACCUUCGCGUCGGUGGUAACAAGCAGUUCGAGAUGAUGGCCGACCAAUUCUUCGUCUACGACGCCUCCAUCACCGCGUCCCUUGGACGUGUACCCAUAUGGCCGUACACUCUCUACUUCAGGAUGCCGCACAAGUGCAACGGAAACGGUGGAAAUUGUCCGUCCAGGUCUCACCCGGUCUGGGAAAUGGUUAUGAACGAAUUGGACAGAAGGGACGACCCGACCUUCGAUGAAUCUUUACCUGGUUGUCACAUGGUCGACUCCUGUUCCAACAUACAGACCGGUGAACAGUUCGCCAGAUUGUUGAGACAUAAUUUCAACAGGCACUUCAACAGCAACAGAGCCCCGUUGGGUCUGCAUUUCCAUGCUUCCUGGUUGAAGAGCAAGAAGGAGUACAGGGAGGAGCUGAUCAAGUUUAUCGAGGAGAUGCUUGCCAGAAGUGACGUUUACUUCGUUACCAUGGUCCAGGUGAUUAAGUGGAUGCAGACGCCGACGGAAUUGUCAGCCCUCAGAGAUUUCCAGGACUGGAAAGAGACUUGCGACGAGAAGGGACAACCCUACUGUUCCCUUCCCAACGCAUGUCCCUUGACCACCAGAGAACUUCCCGGUGAAACCCUUCGUCUGUUCACCUGCAUGGAGUGCCCGAAUUAUUACCCGUGGUUGUUAGACCCAACCGGUGACGGCUUCACCGCGAACAAGAAAUGAGCGAUCCAUCAGAGAAAUCUGUCGAUCGAAAGGCGCGUGUCUUCAAGGAAACGAUCCUGGUGAUCGAGAUGCGAUUUGCUUGAAGAGAACGCGCCCAAAUGUCGCGUCUGAAUGAACGUUUCGCGAACAAAAAACAAUAAACACUUUCCAGACUGACUCGAAUCUUAAUAAGCCUGUUAAAAAAUGAAGUAACAUUAGAGAUUGAAAAUUAAUAUUUCGAAUUUAUACAUAAAUAAUUUGAACAUCAAUGAUCAGUGACACGUUCACUGUGGAGAGAAAAAUUUGUUUGUAAAAAUAAAAAAUAUUUUAAUAUUCAUAUAUGAAUAAUAUAUGUUCGUCAAAAGAAAUACUCAAAUAUUGAUAAGUCUGUUAAUUAAUUAGAAACAUUAAGGAUCGAUAGAUUGUGUAAUUAAAAAUGGUGACCUCCUCAAUGAACGUUUCUACGUUUCAUAUUGUACAAUGUUGAAUAUUCACAAAUAAGCUGUUGCAGAAUUAGAAAGAAAGACAUUUGUGAUACUAUCGAGAAUGAAUUACUGCGAGUAGAGAAUAGAAUGUAUAAUAUCUGAAGGAAUGUUUGUCGCAGAAGAAUGUUAACGACGUCGCAGGAUUCUGUUCGCGAAACGUUUUCUACGAGCGAAAAUCGGUCCUCCACGGUGAAAGGGGGACGAGUCCUUUACAAAUUGAUUCAACUUGUACAUAAACACCGUGUCCUUGCCCUGCUGAUCCUUAUCCCUUUCUUCUGCGGCUAGUAUGCAGAUAUCCUGACGAAGGAUCGAUCGAUUGCGUCCCUUCGACGAUUGCCGUUCACAAACACACCUUAUGAUUUAUGUUAGCGCAUAAGAGACGCGUGAGAGUAAUUAAGAAUAAUGUUUUUUUUUAGAAAGUCCUUAUUAAGGUGUUUCGC